GGUGGGUGAGAGCGCGGGUGGCCGUUAUUCUAAUGAGCUGCUCAGUGUCAUGGCGGCGGGCUGUGGACGGUUCACUUCAGUCAGGGCACGGGGUUAGACCGUCUGCAGAGCCGGGCAACUGACCACCUGAGGGAGGGCCGUACUGUCGGAGGUUUACGUGAGAAAGAUGGCUGAGAGACCAGAAGACUUGAAUCUACCAAAUGCAGUCAUUACUAGGAUUAUUAAAGAAGCGCUUCCAGAUGGAGUGAACGUCUCAAAGGAAGCCCGCAGUGCAAUAUCCCGAGCAGCAAGUGUCUUUGUUCUUUAUGCAACUUCAUGCGCGAAUAACUUUGCAAUGAAGAGCAAGAGGAAAACACUGAGUGCCUCUGAUGUGCUUGCGGCAAUGGAAGAGAUGGAGUUUGAUCGCUUUAUAACCCCACUGAAAGAUGCAUUGGAAGUUUACAAGCGAGAGCAGAAAGGGAAAAAAGAAGCUUCAGAACAGAAGAAGAAAGAUAAAAAGCCAGAGAAUGAUGAACAAGAGAAGAGUAAGGAAGAAGAGAAUGAGGAAGACAGUGAAGAGGUGAAAAUGGUAGAUGAUCAAAAGGAGAUGGAAAAUGAAGAUGAUGAUGUAGAAAACUGAUAGCUGUGAAUGCUACACGUGAUUAAGGGAGAAUGAGCACAAAGAUUACCCAUACACUUCCACAGCCCUGUUUCAGGGCAUUAUUACAUUGGGAGAACAGGAAGGCAGUGCUGGAGCUGUACACUGCUGGCUGUUUUUGUAUAGUUUGCAAAACAGACUUUCUAUUUUGCUAACCCUUGAGUAAUGUUUUUGUAAAAUUCAAAUUUUGAAUAAUUUAUUCAAAAAGA